UUAGAAAACUGUUCAAAAUGGACAUACUCUAUAUGCACGAUAUAUGGGAAUUCAUGUACAGGGGAUGGUUUAGAAAACAAUACAUGCCUAAAGAACUACCAAAACGUCAUCAACUACAAAAGAACAAACGACGUGUUGUCAGUGCAAAAGCACUGGAAAAGUUCAAGGAGUCGAUUAAAACCAAAAUCUAUUGAUUUUUACUGAAAUAAACUGAUUUUGUAAUUCAUUUAAAUCAAUUUCCUACGUUGAUCACAAAAAAAUUAUCGUCGGUCAAAACAAAUGUUGGUGGCGUGGAUUUAUCCUCGACUUGAUCUUUAACAUGAAGUUUCUAAUAUAUUCAUUUUUUAAUUUCAAAUUGAUAUCAUAAAGCCGUUU